GUACUUUGGACUGUUGCCGCUAAACCGGAGAGGUUCGUUCUGCCGCCUGAAUGUUUUCGCGCCUGCGCAGAUCGGGGAAGGUUCUGGAAGACGGUAGAGCUGCCGCCAUUUUGCGGGAAGUGGAGCAGCUCCGGUUGCCGUGGUGCUUUUAUUGCUGAGUGUCUGGAAGAGAGACGUACUUAGCACCCUCCGACACACCCAGAGGAACCGAAGGAACCGGGAUCCCCCUGCGGGGACCCGGAACUGGUAGGGGUUCACUUGUUGACUUAUCUGAAGGUUUUCGUUUUUGAGCUGUGGUGGACAGACUUGGGAAAGACGAUUGCUAGAUGUCAAAGCUUGGGAUCUGCUACAAUGGCAUCCGAUGACUUUGAUAUAGUGAUUGAGGCCAUGCUGGAGGCUCCCUAUAAAAAAGAGGAGGACGAGCAGCAGAGGAAAGAGAUCAACGAGGAGAGCCCUAACACCACCACCAACAGCACCAGCAGCACCAGCAACAGUGGCAGUGGUACCAGUGGGAGCAGCGCCAGUGGGGAGGCAAGCAAGAAAAAGAGGAGUCGGAGCCAUAGUAAAAGCAGGGAUAGAAAACACAGUCGUAGUCGAGACCGAGACCGAGACCGGGAUCGUCACAGGCGGAGAGGCAGUCGGAGCCGAAGUCGAGAUCGGCAGCGUCGUCACCGCAGCCGCAGCUGGGAUCGUCGACACAGUGAGUCACGAAGUCGAGACCGGCGUCGUGAGGAUCGUGUGCACUACAGGAGUCCACCGCUUGCCACUGGGCGUAGGUAUGGACACAGUAAGAGUCCUCAUUUCAGAGAGAAGAGCCCGGUCAGGGAGCCUGUUGAUAAUCUGAGUCCCGAGGAGCGUGAUGCCCGCACAGUGUUCUGUAUGCAGUUAGCUGCGCGCAUUCGGCCCCGAGACCUAGAGGACUUUUUCUCUGCUGUUGGCAAGGUUCGAGACGUACGUAUCAUCUCAGAUCGGAACUCACGUCGUUCUAAGGGCAUCGCCUACGUGGAAUUCUGUGAGAUCCAGUCUGUGCCACUGGCCAUUGGGCUAACCGGGCAGCGGCUGCUGGGAGUGCCUAUCAUUGUACAGGCCUCACAGGCUGAGAAAAACCGACUGGCAGCCAUGGCCAACAACCUGCAGAAGGGCAGUGGGGGACCAAUGCGUCUCUAUGUGGGCUCCCUGCACUUCAAUAUCACCGAGGACAUGCUCCGUGGCAUCUUUGAGCCCUUUGGCAAAAUCGAUAAUAUUGUCCUAAUGAAGGACUCAGAUACAGGCCGCUCUAAAGGUUAUGGUUUUAUCACGUUCUCUGACUCUGAGUGUGCCCGACGGGCCCUGGAACAGUUGAAUGGCUUUGAGCUUGCUGGUCGACCUAUGAGGGUUGGCCAUGUGACUGAGCGGCUGGAUGGUAGCACAGACAUCACCUUUCCUGAUGGAGACCAGGAGCUGGACCUGGGAUCAGCAGGUGGACGUCUGCAGCUCAUGGCCAAGUUGGCAGAAGGCUCUGGAAUCCAGCUGCCAACCACUGCUGCCGCUGCCCAAGCUGCUGCCUUGCAGCUGAAUGGAGCAGUUCCUUUGGGGGCCCUGAACCCAGCAGCUCUGACUGCUCUGAGUCCGGCCCUGAACCUGGCCUCCCAGGCAAUCGCCUCCCAAUGCUUCCAGCUUUCCAGCCUCUUUACCCCCCAAACCAUGUAAACCAGUGGCGAGGUCCGCUCCCUCGCUGUGCCUCUGGGUCCUGCUACUCCCUUCUCCACAUCUACCCUUCCACGUCCCCUUCUAUCCAUUUUGUGGACCAAGCCAUCCUGAGGGCAUGAACAUUGAUGGUGGGGGAACUGGGGCCCCCCCUUAGACACCAAGAAGAGCUCCUGCCCAUGGCCCCACUGGGAAUGGACUCUGCUGAGCAAAGCUGCUGUUUGAAGAGAACAGAAUCUACACUUGGGGUUGAACAUCUGUUUCUCUGUACUUAUCAUCUCCUGGGAUGUCCAUUGUGCUUUCUAGCCACCUUAGUGAUUCCUUGAUUCCUCCCCCGUUGGGAAGGCCAUAGGGCAUUAACUGAAGGAACUAACCGCUCUCUUCCUAUACCUUUACCCUACAUUCUGUCACAGAAAACCCUUAAGACCUCUGGUCUCUGAGGGCUUUGGACUUUGAGGGGGUGAACCUCAAAGGUGCUGACGGGCCUUGAAGUCUAGUGCAGACGUGUCCGUUGGGCAGCCUGCCUUAGACCUUGGCUUGGGGCCAGAGCUGCUACUGGGGGCUUAGCAUCUUGCUGGGAUGUGUGGGAAUGAUCUGUCCUGCCAGCCGGUUUGGAUGUCUUAGGGGCAUUCAGGAGCUGAGUGAAAGGUGAGGUGCCUUUCCAGUAUCUUCCACCUUCCUUUGUGUAGUUGUCCUUCCUUUUGGCCCAGGGUGGGAGGAUAGACUGGAGGCUGCUUCUCUCCACCACUUCCAUGUGCCUCUGGAGAUUGUGGGCUCAAGCCCAGCUGUUAAAGCCACUCCUGUCCCCUAGGUGGGCACACGUGAGCCCUUUUCACUUCUCACUGGAUUUUAUACCCUGUGUCUGUGUACAUAAAUAUAUAUAUAUAUAUAAACUUUGUACAAAAGGCAAGUCUCA